ACAUAGAUAAUGUUGCGCCCGCCGUCCAUCGUUCCCAACGCCCCUCCCUCUUCUGCUUUUGUGAUGUUCGUAGGACCGUAAUAAAGGAGCCCCGUCGCCAUCCAUCCCGGCAUACAGCACAGUACUGCACUGCACUGCCCCAUCACCUUACUAUCACUAGGACAGAACACCAAGAGGCGCCCACAAACAACCACCCACCAUGCUGUCGUCAACACUCAUCUUCCUCGCCAGCGCGGCGCUCACGGCGGCGCACAUCGUCAUCACCUACCCCGGCUGGCGUGGCAACAACCUCAUCACCAACGAGACCUUCCCCUAUGGAAUGCAGUGGAUGUACCCGUGCGGCGGCACGCGCCUCACGCAGAACAGGACUUACUGGUCCGUCAAGGGCGGUGCCGUCGCGCUGCAGCCCGGCUGGUUCCAGGGCCACGACUCGGCCACCAUCUACGUCAACCUCGGCAUCGGCAACGAAGCCCCCGACGGCGGGCCGCUCAACAUGUCGCUCGCCAUGGCCCCGCCCUUUGGCAUCGUCGGCCCGUCCAAGAACCCCUACCCGGGCACCAUCUGCCUGCCCCAGGUUCCGCUGCCCAAGAACGUCAACGUCAAGGCUGGCGACAGCGCCACCAUCCAGGUGGUCGAGCUGGCCCUGCACGGUGCUGCUCUGUACUCGUGUGUCGACAUCACCUUUGUGGAAACCGACGACCCGCGCCUGGGCAAGGUCAACGAGAGCAACUGCUUCAACAGCAGCGACAUCAGCUUCACCGACAUCUACGCCACCCCCGCCAAGACCACCAACUUGACGGCGACAUCAGGCGCCCAGGGUGGCAGCGUGCUGGCCUGGUCGGCGUACGGCACCCUCGGGUGGCUUCCGCUGGUGGCGGGCGCCCUUUGGACGCUGGUAUAGGUCUCUGGUUCUCGCUCUUGCUUAUUUGCUAGCUAUUCCUUCUUCUUCUUGUACAUUUACAUUUCUUUUAUAUCCACUGUCACGGGGCAUUAAAGGCGUUAAUAGGGCGGGCAACUCCCCAUGUUGGUUUUUGGGUUUAAAACGACCAGCCGUGGGCCCAUCUCUGGAUGAGGUGGAAGACAGGCCUGAUGGAGAGCAUAUGUGCUUGUCGCCAUCUAUGUAACUUUUCGUUUAAUCCUAUCCAGGCAGCGUGGCUGCUGUGAUUGACGACAAGAUUGACAGAUGUCUCCCGCGCACUCGUAAAAUGCACACCAAGCUUAGAUAGCAGCGGCCUUGCAGGAUGGAGAGAAUAGAGAAUGCACGCAGUCGACAGUGCUGUGACAGUGCUGUGCUUACUGCAUGGCAUGUGGGG